AUGUUGAAGAAUCCACCGCCAGGAUAUACAGACGAAGUUAUUAUAACAGAAGCAUGCGGACCAUCUAUCAGAGAAAUUAUGACAAAGGCUAGAAUUGAAACUGGAAAUACCAAAUUGUGUUCGUUCUCUAUGGAUAAUAUCAAACGUAUUGGAAAGCAAAUCGGAGACGCAAUGCUCCAUUUGGAAAAACUCAAGAUUUUUCAUUUAGACCUCAAGGCUUCCAAUGUCGCGUUUUCGAGAAACUUCAAGUAUGAAAUGGAUACGAGUUUGACCCACGCGAUUAUCUCAAUGAGUGAUUUUGAUAUUAAAGUCAUUGAUUAUGGAAAUUCGCUGGCUCACUCUGAAUCUGGAAACCCGGAAGGAGUCAAACUGGUCCAACCGCAAAACAUGCGUGCCUCAGAAGUGUUUAUGGGUGGGUCUUCCCUACAACAAAAAGACGGAUGUCUGGUCCUAUGGAUGCCUGAUCGCCCAAUCGGAUCGGCCAUCGGUGGAGUGCUGUUCAACUCGAGAAAAGGCGACACUCAGCUUGAAAUACAACAGUCACAAUUUGAGAUGAUGAUCUUCAGAAUGAAUGCGACCAUUUCAAGAGAAACGCUUGAAGAAUCUAAGCAAAGAGGAAAAUGCUCCCUCAAUUUCGACUUCCUCAAUGAUUACAAAGAAGUCAACAAUAACCGCGAAGGAAAUAACAAUCAAGAUUACUUGAUGGAAUUUAUGCGUGACGACACGGACCUUCCACUGUUCGAGUUCCUCAAAUUCGCUCUCAAGUUUGAUCCUGCCAUCAUUUGA